CUGACAAAAAUCUUGUCCUGAUCACAAAGUUAAUGGACAGCACUUUUGCUUUGCGGCGCAAAGAGAUCGUCUGUAAUGAGAUACCAGUUGAUGAAAUCCUGAAACGAUGGCCUGCCCUUAAAUUAGAGUCGCAGAUCUGUGCUGAGUUUCACAGAGUGACGAAUGUCAACCUAAAGAAUCGUUUCUUUGCUCAACUGGACCAACAUACCCCCCGGCUUCAGAGCCUGUUUCGGAAAAAAGCUUCUCGGACAGGAAAAGCUUCUGAACUCCUGGAUGAGCUCUUCAGGAUUUAUGACCUCCAGGAUCAAGUUGAUGUCCAUGUUAGACGUGCUGUGGUACUCCGGGCUCUCCCUCCGUAUAUGCAUGAGAGUGAUGUUAGCUUUUUCAAGAUGUGGGACGUGGAGCAGACUGAAGAACUGAACACCAGUGAUGUACCACUUGGGCUCCUCCUAAGCAAUCAGACAUCAUCAGAUGCCCAUUUUUUCUGCCCAGAGAGGAUUGCAGUUCUGAUUGAGGGUAACAUUGUUAUUGAGUCCUCCACACUGGCUGAUGCAUUCGUCAUUCUAUUUGCACUUACAUACACCCUGCACCUUAACUAUCCAAAACAAUUGCUCAACACAUUUGACUUCGUCCAAAAGGUCUUGAUGGGUCUUGAGGAUGGAAAGUUGAGGCCUAGAGUUUUGAGUCUGAAAAAUGACCUGUUAGCAGUAGUGUACGCACAUUUGUUUUUCUUGCUGUAAACAUCUAACAGAUGGGUUUUAUAGAUAUUGUUGCUGAAGUUUUAAUGCCAUAAAGUUGAAUGAAGUCCUGUUUUGUACAUUUUUGUACUUGUGUAAUAUGUUUGUGUAUCUAAUACAUAUAUUUGUAUUGACAAAUAUUCUAAAUGUGUCC